AUGGAAGAAUGGCAUUCUGUACAAAAGAAAAAACUCGAAGUUCUCCAAACAAGUUUCACAAACCUCUUGUUAGAUCAUUCUGCUAAAAAUCUGUCUUUGGAAUUAACUAAGCACAUCCUCAAGACGGUGGCCGAAAGUCUUUUAGCCCACAAAUCAACAAUUAGAGGUGACGUUUACAAUUAUUUGCAAGAAAGCUGGAUGAACGAGUAUGGCACGAACCAUUGGAUGCAUACACAAAGUUUCGGUAAAAAGGAUCAUAACGCCGUUUGCGAACAUCUCACCAACCUCGAAAUAUUUAUUCGGAGAGUCUUUCAAGAAGAGUGCAAGACUAAAAUCACUACAUUAGUGGAUGGCAAGUUUAGAGAAAUUAAGCAAACAAUAAACGAAAUCGAAACGCGCCUCACUUCGGAAAUUGUCAGAGUAUGGAGUCUCGAUUCUCUCGUCCAUUUUGGAGAAUAUAAUGUCAAAGAUCCCAAGAAAUAUUCAAAAAAAAAUUUUGACAAGCUUCGUAACCAAUGGGAAACUGAGGCGUAUCUUGAAAUAUCGAAGACGCGUCUUCAGGAAUAUGCUGAUCAAAUAAUCGAAGCGAAAUGGGCACCUUGGAAGGAUAUAGGUAUGUGCACAGCAGAAAAACAGGCUUGGUUGUUUGAAAAAGCAGCACACGAGUUGCGUUGGAAAAGUAACAAUAUUGACCAAUUUGUUGAGUUAAACAUGUUGAUGGACAUCAACCAACCACCUUGGUUAAAAAUAUAG